AAGGUCCUUCUUAGGCGUGCAGGGUUCUCACGGAGGGGGCGGAUCCAUAGGAAGCAGUGGGUUUGAUCUGCAGGGGAUACUCCAAUAUGAUACUCCUGUUUACGGCCACCUUUACCAUCCUGGCGCUGUCCUCCCUGGACCAGGUGGAGUCUUCAGCAUAUGACAAGAUAGUCACACACAGUCGCAUCAGGGCUAAGAAUGAAGGGCCCAAUGUGUGCGCUUUACAGCAGGUCAUGGGGACCAAGAAAAAGUACUACAGCACAUGCAGGAACUGGUAUAACAAAUCCAUCUGUGGCAAAAAGGCGAUGAUCUUAUAUGAGUGCUGUCCGGGUUAUAUGAAGUUAGAAGGGAAGCGUGGGUGCCCUGCAGUGGCUCCUAUUGACACUGUGUUCGGCACCCUGGAUCUGGUGAACGCCAAGAUCACCCAGCGAUACUCCGAUCAGUCCAAACUGAGGGAAGAACUCGAGGGAGCAGGAUCUUACACAAUGUUUGCACCCAGUGACGAUGCCUGGGCAGAGUUGGAUCCUGCAUCGAAAGCGGCCUUGGUGAGCAGUGGAAACACUGAGCUUGACAAUGCACUCCGUUAUCACAUGGUCAACAAGCGUCUUCUCACCAAGGACCUGAAGAAUGAUAUGACCCUAGAGUCCAUGUAUAACAAACAAGGCCUCUAUAUCAAUCACUACUCAAAUGGAGUUGUCACUGUGAACUGUGCCAGGAUCAUUCAUGGCAACCAGGUGGCGACUAAUGGAGUUGUGCAUGUCAUUGAUCGGGUCAUCAGCGUCGUAAGCCAGACGAUCAAGGAUGUGAUCGAAUCCAACGAUGAUCUGGCUUCGCUGAACACAGUUGCUUUUAGAUCAGGUCUCCAGGAUCAACUGGCAGAACCAGGACACUACACACUUUUUGCUCCAACCAACGAGGCCUUUGACAAAGUAGACAGUGAUGUCCUUGAGAGACUUAUGAGUGACACAACUGUACUUCAAGCCCUUUUGAAGUACCACCUCCUGAACUCAGUGCAGUGCUCUGAGGCCAUUAUGGCGGGCUCCGUCUAUGGGACUCUUGAGGGCAGUAAUAUUGAGAUUGGAUGUGAUGGUGUGAGCCUUACUGUCAAUGGUAUCAAGAUGGUGCUGAAGAAGGACAUUGUCACCAGCAAUGGGGUCAUUCAUCUGAUCGACCAGGUGCUCAUGCCUGACUCAGCCAAGCAGGUCAUGGAGCUUAUAGGCAAAUCUCAGAGCGUCUUCAGUGACAUGGUGUCUGAGCUCGGCCUGUCUGCCGCCAUGCAGCCUGAAACUGAGUACACUAUUCUUGCCCCACUGAAUGGAGCCUUCUCUGAUGAGGUAAUGUCCAUGGAUCAGCGUCUCCUGAAGAUUAUUCUGGAAAACCACAUUGUGAAAUUCAAGGUCUCUCUGAGUGACCUCUACAGCGGCCAGCUUCUCGAAACCCUGGGAGGAAAACUCCUCCGAGUCUUUAUUUAUCGCACGGCUGUGUGUAUUGAGAACGCGUGUAUGGUCAGAGGCAGCAGAGAAGGCAGUAACGGAGUCCUUCAUCUCAUGCGAACACUGAUUCAGCCACCCGAGACAACCAUCUAUGAGCUGCUCUUGAAAGACGGACGCUUCAAAAUCUUUCUGUCUCUGAUGGAGAGUGCUGGACUGACAGAUCUGCUGAAGCAGGAGGGAUCGUAUACAGUCUUUGCUCCUGUAGAUGCCGCCUUUGGCACCCUGACAGAGGAAGACAUCACUCUUCUGAAAAGCGAUAUCAAUGCCCUUAGGGCGAUCCUGCUCUACCACUUUAGCAAUGGUGUCUUUAUUAAUGGAGGCUUGGAGGUUGGAGUGACUAAUCUUCUCAAGACCAUUCAGGGAAACAACCUUCAAGUUCUCUCUGUUAACAACUCCAUCCAUGUAAAUUCAGUGGAGGUUCCAGAUUUUGAUCUUAUGGCAUCCAAUGGAGUAGUUCAUGUAGUGAAGACCAUAUUAUAUCCUCAAGAUCUUCCAGUUGGCCGUGAAGACAUAUUGAUUCUGCUGAGGAGACUCAUCAAAUACAUACAGCUGAAGUUUGUAUCUGGAUACACCUACCGUGAGAUUCCACUUACAUUCAUCAAGAGGACUAUAACCACACAUAUCAUUGAGAAAGGUCCCAAGGCCAAGGUGGUGAUUGAAGAACCAAGCGUCACCAAAGUUACAAGAGUAAUCAAAGGAGAAAAAAUCGUCACAAAAGUUACACAAGUGAUUGAAGAAGAUCCAAACGUCACCAAAGUUAGACGAGUGAUUGGCGGAGAACCAAGCAUCACUGAAGUUACACAAGUGAUUGAAGAAGAUCCGAACGUCACCAAAGUAACACGAGUGAUUGAAGAAGAUCCGAACGUCACCAAAGUAACACGAGUGAUUGAAGGAGAUCCGAACGUCACCAAAGUAACACGAGUGAUUGAAGAAGAUCCAAACGUCACCAAAGUUAGACGAGUGAUUGGCGGAGAACCAAGCAUCACUGAAGUUACACAAGUGAUUGAAGGAGAUCCAAAGUUCACCACAGUAACACGAGUGAUUGAAGGCGAUCCGAACGUCACCAAAGUAACACGAGUGAUUGAAGGAGAUCCGAACGUCACCAAAGUAACACGAGUGAUUGAAGAAGAUCCAAACGUCAAAAUUACACGAGUGACUAACGGAGAUCCAAGCAUCACCGUAAUCACCGUCGGAGGAGAAUCAGCUCACAGUGCCUCAUCUGAUGGUGAAAUUGACGCUGAGGGAGAAAUCAAGAGAAUCGUGGGCGAAGAUGUAACCAAGGUGCAGAUGUUUCAGAGUGGUGACGUACGCAUCCUCCAGGAGGAAGAUAUCCAACAAAUCACUGAUGCGAUCACUCAGGGAGGUGGACCGGGGAUCACUACUAUAACUAAAGUAAUCAAACCAGGGGUCCAGGUUGUUGAAACUGAACCAGGGCUCACCACGUUUACUAGAGUAAUUAAGAAAGACCCUCAGAUCAUUAAAGGUGCACCAGAUGUGGAAACCACUGUUACCGGAGUAGUUCAACCUGAACUGCAGAUAAUUGAAGGACCAGAUUUUUCAAAGAUUGUAUCUUCCAAGGAUAGUCCAAUCUUUGAAACAGAAUCAGAGAGAAUCACGAGAAUCAUCAAGGAGGGCCGUUCUAAAAAACGAGCUGCCAUCAGACAAUCACAAGGAAACGCAAGGCGGAGAAUGAGACAAGUCAGGCAUCACUCCAGACCCAGACAGUGAGAUGAAUGAGGCUCACUCUACCAGCUAAAGUGAAAGACAGCGUUGUAGAACAGUGUGUUUGUCCUGCAAAUACACUGUUACUUCAAACCGCAUUGAAUGUUUACACAUUACGAACCAAUGCAGUAAUAUCUUGGAUAUGUGUGGCACACCCCCCACUUCAACUCAGAUAAGGGGUACUUGAAAUGGUGGUGGUAAUAAAGAGAGAUAUUGGUCAUUUUUGUUUGUUUUUUAAGCUGUUUAUAUUGUUUCUUUGAAUAUACAGUGAGGAAAAGAAGUAUUUGAACACCCU